UCCAUUUUUUCAUUUCUCUUAUUUUUAUCGCCGUUCUCCUCCUCCCGUUGGGUAUAAGUCUCGUAAUCCCGCGGGCGAAGCUUCCAGAAGGCUUCUUCCGUACAUUCCUUUCCUUGGUGAGGUGGCCUCAACCGCAUCUGGAAGCUACUACGGGGUUCCCCGGGCCAGAUCCGGCCGGGAGGGGUAGAGGAGGCGCCGGCGUGAUGGCGGCCGAGCAUGGCGCUGCGGCGGCGGCAGCGGACAGGGCUGGGGCGGAGCCUCCUCCCCCGGCGCCUAUGCCGGGGCUGGUGGCGUCGGCGGACGCGGCGGGGCAGAGGUCGCUGCCGACGCCGUUCCUGACCAAGACGUACCAGCUCGUCGAGGACCCGGCGGUGGACGACGUGAUCUCGUGGGGCGAGGACGGGUCGACGUUCGUGGUGUGGCGGCCGGCGGAGUUCGCCCGGGACCUGCUCCCCAAGUACUUCAAGCACAACAACUUCUCUAGCUUCGUGCGGCAGCUCAACACCUACGGAUUUAGGAAGAUCGUGCCGGACCGGUGGGAGUUCGCCAACGACUGCUUCCGGCGAGGCGAGAAGCGCCUGCUCUGCGACAUACACCGCCGGAAGGUGGUCCAAUCGGCGGGGCUUGCGGCUGCCGCUGCCGCCGCCGCGGCUGGGGCGGUGACGGUUGCCACCGCGGCGAUCCCGAUGGCGUUGCCGGUUACGCGCUCCGGCUCGCCGGGGCCGCAGCUCUCCUCCGAGGAGCAGGUCCUGUCGUCCAACUCAGGAUCCGCGGAGGAGCUCCCGCCGGCCGCACCGUCCGGCUCAGGCUCCGGCCUGGGCGGCGCCGCCGCCGGCUCCUCGUCCGGUGAUAUGGGCGAGGAGAACGACCGGCUGCGGCGGGAUAACGCGCGGUUGACCCGCGAGCUGGGACAGAUGAAGAAGCUGUGCAACAACAUCGUGAGCCUCAUGUCCAAGUUCGCCUCGAGCCAGCAGCCGGACGGCGGCCCCGGGUCGCUGUCGUCCGUGGUGAACUGCUCGGGCGAGUCGGCCCUGGCCCCUCCGCCGCCGCUCCCCGCGGGGAUACUGGACCUGAUGCCAUCGUGCUCGGCGCUGGCCACGGCCGCCGGCCUCGCCGUCGACGGCGGGCCGGAGACGGACGCGAGGCUGUUUGGCGUCUCCAUAGGGCUCAAGCGAGCGCGAGACGAAGAAGAAGACGGCGAGGGCGAGGAGCUUCCUAACAGCAACGGCGACGGCGCGGACGUGAAGCCGGAGGAGGCAGCGAACCGGCGGCCCGACGGCGGCAGCGAGGAUCGGCAGUCGUGGCCGAUAUACCGGCCCAAGCCCGUGUACCGGGCCUGCAACGGGCAGGACGGGGCCGGGGCCGGUUCCGGGUCAGACCAGGACAGAUCCAACUCGAGGUGAGUGGACGAUGUUGUAGAAGCUUCGAGCACCUACUAAUUAUUAAUCACCAUCAAAUAAUAAUACUGUAAGCAUCACUAGAGUCGUGAUAGGAUCUUGCAUUACUUUGCUAGCUGGGGAGCUCGGCUGCCCCCUCUACCCAUGUAAUUGUGAUGUUCCUGUUUCAUUUGAUCUAUAAUAUGUGUUGUGUAAUUUGUCGUGGUAGAGCGGACUGUAGAAAUGAAAAGGUGCAUUCCCGGUAGGUUGAUCGGCCAUUUCAUAUGCUGUAUGUAAAUAGCUCCUUCUGCUUGUGCGGGAGACAGUAGUAGUAGAAGAGGAAGAGUAACUACGAUUUGCUUGUGGUAUUAUUAUUAUUUUUUGAUAACUUUCAUAAGUGGUAUUUUAGUCAGCUGCGUGGGCGAUAGCUGUAGACGGUAGCGGGGUUUGGCGGCCAGAUAUAUGGUUAUAAGUGCUACGUAGUUAUGUUCAGACGGGUCAAUGUGAAUGGUACACGUGCGGUGUGCGACUCAGGGGCUUGGUUCCAACUCGAAAUGAAAAGGCGCGCGCGCGGAAUGCGCCCGUUUCUUUGUUCGCUCUCGGCAACGGAUGGGGCGGAGAUGGCGACGUGCUGUCCAGUCGCUGCGGGUCAGGUAAGGCAACGUGCGCUGCCUUUUUGCCCGGUUGUUCCAUUCUCCCUCUUCCGUGCCGUCUCCGCAAUUUUUUUCUUUCUGAUGAGAAGGUGUGUGGUACCAUAAAAAAAGAGUGAAUUGCACGUACAGUCCCCAUACUCGUCGGUUUGGUCCAGAACGGUCCUCGAGCUCGCGGGUUGCCUCGCUACGAUCCUGGUACUUGCGAAGAUGGUCCAUCGACGGUCCUGGGGCGGGCCCCACGUACGUACGCGUCUACGCCUCAAGCCACGUCAACGCGGGCCGACGCAGGCUGUCACGGCCUCGCGGGCCGCAUCGUUUUCUCUAUAGUUGAGCUUGAGAAGCGGAAACUUCCUCUGUUCGAUCCCCAAUUCUUUCUCCAAUCCCUAACUGUAGAGAACCAUGCGUGGCGGCGGCGGUUGCGAACCACAGGCGUUCGCUGGAGAAGGCAGCGGCCAUGGGCAUGGCGCCCGGUGGCAGGGCCGGCGAGUGCAGGAUGUCGAACAGCGGCGGUGGCGGGGUGCUCUGCGUGGGUCAUACGCGCAGCGGCCGGCGGCAGGGCUGCUCCGCGUGGUGUACAAGGCGGCGGACUACAAUGUGGAGGCGGAGUGGAAACCGUGCUAGUGCUCCGCGGCUGCGCGGGAGGACGGAGAAGGGGGCAGCGCCGGCGCUGGGCCGAAGGACACUGUCUUUCGAGCCCCUGCGGACGGCGACAAUGGAGCCGCAGGUGGUGCGGCUGUCGGCGGCGGCGCAAGAUGCUGCUGCAGGAUUCCGGCACGAUAUACGUCCGUGCGUCGCUGCUGUCAGACGCCGUCCGGAAGUCUGGACCAGCUGCGGGGAGGCACUGUCUGCACAAGAUGCAGUGUACUGUUCUGAAUUUCAGUGGACAAAAUGCAGUGAAAUAUGUUAGUUAAGCCAGAUGAUCUGGGCUGUCUGUGAUCUUUUGGUAAUUGCAUAGUACGUACUGUGUUGUGAUCUGUGCUAUGAUUGUGAUGAGUUUUGUAGCC